UGUACCACUGUCAGUCCAGUGGUUAAAGAGUAGGUUUAAUUAAUCUUAAAUUCGGCCAGGUUAGAUAGUUCAAAGCUUGAUAGGUCAUUUUUUAUGUCUCUACAACCCAAUAGAGUCUAAAUUUGAAAGAAACUAAUUUUUACCCGUUAUUGCCCAUUUUUGUAAUUUUUGUGCAUAAAUGUGAUAAUUAUGUCCCUACUAAUCAACAAUUUCUCAUAUCUUAACCUAAAUAAUCAAGUUUUUGACACUAUUCCAUAGAGUUUAAACAAACGCGCCGUACUUUUAAGGCAAAUAAAAGUCUACUCCAUAUCCAAAGAUCAGAAUCUUAUCAGAUAUUUUUUUGUACGAAUAGGGCUUACCGAAAAGAGUACAUGUUAUAUAGUAAAUGACCAUAAAUUUCUGGCUAUUUACUUGAUUGUUUUUAGUCUUUUAAGACAAUUUGUCAAUAGUAUUUGACUGCUAAGUCUUAUACAAAUUAAACUAGUUAUUUUGUUAGCACCAUCAACGUCUUGGCUCAAUAAUUUUGGUACAUUGUGACUUUUAAAAGAUUGACUCUGUUCUAUCAAAGUUUGAUUUUAUAAGUGACAAAUUUUCCAUUUUUAAGAAACUUUGGCCCAUUAAAUCCAUUGACUCAACUGUAUCCAGAUAGAUCUUAUUAAUACAACAAAUUUUUGUAAACAAUAUGUCUGUUGAUUAUAAGUAUCAGGUCUAGGAUCCGAUCCUAUUGCUGGCCAUUUAGCUUUCAUCACUUGUGAAUAACCAACGCAUCUCUAAUUAAAAUUGGUCAACAAUGACUUCUCCUACAGUAUUUGAAGCAAUCAGUUCUAUGAACAUUGAUCUGAUCAGCUCGUUAAGUGAACAUGAGAUUCGCCCAUUGCUGCCAAGCCUUCUGAGGAUAGCUCUUUGCCGGUCGCUUGAUGAAUCGCAAUUUUGGAGUUAUCAGAGAAAGAGAAUAAUGGAGAUUCUGUACAACCACGAAGCUGCAAAUAUGAUUGUCUCUUUACUUUCAGUAGAUUUCCAUUCACUCGAAGUUUAUGUGAAAAAGGAGCAACAGCUGAGGGCCAACCUUAUUUCAAGUGAGGAAUCCCAGAGUACAACUGGAAACAUAGUGUUAGAUUUUGAAAAAAGCGGAGGACUGAAAAGAUUAAAAUUAGUUCUGAACGAACUAUUGGCAUCGCAGAUGAGCAUCAAAUGUUAUCUAGCUCAAGCAAAAUAUCCAUCUUCAAAUCACAAAUAUUCAGAGCUAUUUGAUAAUGAAAUAUACAUCGAUGAAAUAACUGAUGCCUUGGUCAUAGCUAUUGCAGAGCUACACAACUCAAUUUGUUUAAUGGAUGUUAUUGAAACAUUAUUAUAUUUCAAAAGAGGCCAUCAUAUCAUCUGGAGGCUUGUAGUAAAUUUUCCUGGAAUGUUUUCGGAAAUAUGUUCCGCUUUACUUAUGAAUGGAGAUAAGCAAGAGGAAGAAAAUCUUAUCGGGGAACGUAGAAUUGAUGUUCUCCGUAUUCUAUGUAAAAUUAAUCCAUCUCACGCUCUUCUGAUUCGCACUGAAGCACUUGAGUCUUUGCGAAUGCCAGCUUUGUGCAUCUUUUUAACAUUGGAUAGUAUUGGUUGUUCCCAAAACAUUUCAAACAAAGUGCGACUUGUUCAAAUCAAUGAUUUGAUUUCUUUUUUGAGUGGUUUAUUCUUCAGAAAUGAUGAAAAAAUUCGAACUUGGUUUGUUUCUUACAUUCGAAAUUGCCAGAAGAAAAUGGACCAAGGAUCUACAACUAGUCUAACGCAAUUAAGAGCCGAAUUGCUUGGUUGUUUGAAGUUUGUGCUCCAAAAGAAUGAAGAAGAAGGAGGCAAUCUAUCUUUAUAUUUAGUCGAAGCUUCAGCGAUACUCAGACUUUAUUGUGCACUGCGUGGAAUUGCUGGAAUGAAAUUUACUGAUGAAGAAUCUGCUAUAUUGUUAAAUGUGAUAACUCAACAUCCAGCCGCGAAUCCUUCCGGAAUAAGAUUUGCAUCAACAGCUUUGUGUCUUCUAUUAGCUUGUCCCUCAGUCAUGACAAACACAGAGGCUGAAAAGAGAACUCUUGAAUGGCUAAAUUGGCUAGUCAAAGAAGAAAGUCUUUUUGGCCAAGUAUCUGGCGUAAGAUCAUCUUUUGGAGAAAUGUUACUUCUUAUCGCCAUUCAUUUUCAUGGUAAUCAGAUAACCGCUAUUUCUGAAUUAGUCAGUUCAACUUUAGAUAUCAAAUUGACUCUUAGGAAUACUACUCUCAGUCGUUUGAAAACAAUGUUUACUCAUGAAGUUUUCACUAAUCAAAUGAUCACUGCUCAUGCAGUGAAAGUUCCAGUUACCACUAACUUGAAUUCGUGUUUACCUGGAUUUUUGCCUGUUCAUUGUAUUUUCCAACUUUUGAAAACUCGUGCUUUCACUAAAUAUGAGGUGCCCAUCAAAGAUUGGCUUUAUCGUCAAACCUGUAAUUGUACUGUUCCUCUUAAUCCUGUUAUCCCACCUCUCAUUGAAGCUUAUGUUAAAUCAGUCCUAAUACCAACUAAAACUUCCAGUGCAACCAAUGAACCAAUUAGUGAGGAAGAAAUUUUGUCAAUCUUUAAGCAUAAGAUAUAUUCUAUUGAGGAUAACGUUGAAAAUCGGAUGGAAGUAGUCGAAGAAAUUCAACCGACUUGCUUAUUGACAACUCAAUUAAUACUACUUUAUUACGUGCUUCUCUAUGAAGAUACUCGUCUGAGUAUGAUGAAAGAUCUAACAUUUUUCAACCGCAGUGUAAAAAUUUAUUCUCCUCAAUUGUUUUCUCAGUUGCCCAUUUUUCAUCUAAUGCAGAAAGCGAAGAAUGAACCACAAAAUUAUGGUGUUUUAUUUCCACGUCUUCUUCGCUUAAUUUCUACCCAUUAUCCACAUUUAUGUUUGGUUCAAGAUUGGUUUGCUGCUGAAGAACGAGAUGCAACAAGUAAAAUUCAGAUCAAAACGAAUGUAUCCAUCAGUGAACUGAAAUCUCGUUUAAAAAAAGCCUUCGAAUCAAUUGGACAAUCUAAUGAAACAUUGUCCAGAACGCUUGAUCGGAUGUUGAGUCUACCCAACAAUUAUUUAUGGCCUUUAUCAUCAACAUUUGUCGAUAGUUUACCUUUACUUUUGAAUGAAUCAGUGACAAGUGAAACUCUUGAAAAGGCAAAAAAAGUUUGGUGGCAACUCAAUUGUAUAUUUCCUGACUAUUUGUGUGUUAUGACAGUCAAUGCUCUGUCUAAUCAACGACAUGAAAAGAAACUGACAUGGGAUGAUAUAGUUCUCGACCCUUUGCAUGUUUUAAGGUGCAACGUAAAAGUGUUUAGAUGUCCCGUGUUGAUGGAAAUAACUCUACAUAUCCUUCAGUGUUUCCUUAUAGCUUCUCGACCUCAUUUCGCACGUCGUUUAUUAGAAAAGCCAAGCAAAACCACUGAGGAAGAAAAAGACCGAGAAGAACUGCGUAUUGCUCUUAUUACUGCACAGGAAAGCACUGCUAUUCAGUUAUUAUUAGAAUGUUGUUUACCCAUGAAUGACGAAGAGAAAAAUGGUGAUCAAAGUAAACUGGAUGAAGUAAAAAAAUUGAUUGGAGUUCAUUUACAUCAAGUUUUCAUUGCCGAUCCAAAUCUUGUGAAACUUGUACAUUUCCAAGGUUAUCCAAGUGAACUCUUACCUUUCACUGUGUCCUCCAUUCCAUCGAUGCAUAUCUGUCUUGAAUUUAUCCCUGAACUAUUGAGUCAACCAGAUUUAGAUAAACAGAUUUUCGCGAUUCAACUUUGUUCUUAUUUGGUUGAACAAUACCCAAUUGUAAAAUCAAUGUGUAUAGCUAAACUUUGUUUCAAUGUUACUGCGACAUUACUAUCAAUCCUUGAAAGUGGAAAACGGCAACAAUUUUUCAUUCCGGUGGCUCCUGCGUUGGUACGGAUGUGCAAACCAUUUCCACCUUUGAAAGAAGACGCUAUCAAUUUGCUCAUCAAAUUGGGCCAAAUUCAAAUAUCCCGACUUGCUUCAACACAACCUGACUUCAUUUGUACUUUAAAACCAUUGCAAAAAUCUGUAGACCUCGAGGAAAUUAAUUGGGAUGAAGCUAAAUCAUUUUUGUCUUCUUUGCCGAGCAUUGAUCUUCUUUGUCAUACAAUCAAGCAAUCCGUUAAAACUCUUUAUUGAGUAAAAUCAUUGGUUUGAUCGGAAAGAGCAAAUUAUCAUAAAUUUUAUUCAAAAACACAAUCAAAAGUUUGCAUAUUUCAUUGAAACUUUGUAUCAUUAGACCAUUUCAUCAUAGAUGACCAUUUUCGAAUUUGAAUUUGUAUUGAAAAUAUUAACAAAGAACAAUAAAAAGAAGUUUAUCUAACCUUAA